GUGGUGAGGAGUGGAAUCGUUUUGAUUGUGCACCUAUCACCAUGGUUGAGACCUGUAGUGGGAUAGACACUAGCCCCUACACCCAGGAGCAGCAAGAAAAGAUGGCCGCCUUAGUGAAAGAGAACAAGGAGAGGAAGGAGCUCUUGAAGCAGAAGAAGUUAAAGGCGAUCGCAGAAGAACAGGCGGCAAAGAUGAAAAAGUUAGAGGAGGAGAUGAAGAGGGUGCAACAGGAGGAGGACGAAAGAAGAAAGGCUGCUGAAGCAAAAGUAGCAGCAGAAGAAGAAAAAAAGAGAAUGAGGAUUGAAAGUAGAGAAGGGAGUAGUGGCACGAAGAUGGAUAUAGAUGUGACUCAGGAUGAGAGGGAUGCGCUAGCCAGUGAGCUAGCAGCAAUGGCGGAUCCUAUGGAACGGCGAGAAAGGGAGGAGGAGCAGAAGUUGGCAUGGAAACUGAGGAUGAAGAGGGAGAAGAAGAGGAGGAGGGAGGAAGUGAACAAACUGACCGCAGAGGUGGCAAAGCUGCAGGAGUGUAGGAAGGAAGUGUCGGCCCAGCCAGAUGACAAGGCCAAGUGGGAUAAGGUGUUGGGCUACCUAGAGGUGCUGAGCACCGCAUGGAUGGAGGAGCGCCAAGCGAGUUGGAGCCAAGAGGUAGCCCUGAGUGCCAUGCGGUCGGGAUUCAGGGAUUUUGCACUAUUAGGAAUGGAUUGGGGAGAGGCAGCAGGGGCCACAAUUUACUUGAGAGAGCAUAAGUGUAGGCUCCCUAGCCCGUCAGGCGAGGUUAAGACUGCCCGCCCGUUUCAUGUGUCAGGUGUAGACAACACCUUGGCACAUUGUUGUCUCAGUGCUCCCGCAUUCGCGCGACUAGUGAAAAAGGAGCAGUUAGAGGACCAGGUCUUUGUAGUUUAUGUUAGACCUGUCACUGAGGCCAAGGAAAAGGAUAGUUCCACAGAUCCAACGAUUGCCAAACUGCUGGAAGAGUUCAAAGAUUUGACUGAGUCGCCGACAGGAGUUGUGUCGCGACCCAUCCAGCACAGGAUAGAGAUAGAGCCUGGUAGUAGAACUCCUAAGGGUGCAGUUUACAAGAUGUCCCCUAGAGAGUUGGAAGAGUUUCGCAAGCAGUUAGACGAGCUCCUUGAGAAAGGUUGGAUUAGGCCCAGUUCGUCUCCUUUUGGAGCACCAGUUUUGUUCGUCCCCAAAAAAGAAGGAGAGCUUCGUAUGUGUAUAGACUAUAGGGGUUUGAAUGCGAUCACAGUGAAGAAUGUUGAGCCGCUGCCUAAGAUAGACGAUCUCUUAGAUCGGGUGCAGGGUUGCAAGUACUUCUCCAAGAUAGACUUGAAGUCCGGAUACCAUCAGAUAGAGGUUCAUCCUGAUGACCAGUAUAAAACUGCGUUCCGGACUAGAUAUGGGCACUAUGAGUUUAUAGUGAUGCCCUUUGGACUGUCUAACGCGCCAGCGACGUUUCAGCAUUGUAUGAAUGACCUGUUUAGACCAUGGUUAUACAAGUUUGUAGUAGUCUAUUUAGAUGAUAUAUUAGUUUUCAGUAGGACCCUCCAGGAGCACCAGGGUCAUCUGAGACAGGUCUUGGAGAAGCUACGAGAGGCUAACUUGAAGAUCAACGCAAAGAAGUGCGAGUGGGCCAAGACACAAGUCUUAUACUUGGACCACGUGUUGGACGGAGAUGGCAUCAAGCCCGAGGACAGUAAGAUAGUGGCGAUUAGAGACUGGCCGAGGCCCCGCACAUUGACAGAGUUGCGAUCGUUCCUAGGCCUAGCCAACUACUAUAGAAAGUUUGUGAGGAACUUUUCUACUAUCGCCGCUCCCCUGCGCAGGUUGCUUAAGAAAGAGGCAAUCUGGCAAUGGGACAAAGAUUGUACGUCUGCGCUAAAGAAACUGAAGCGCGCGUUAAUAGAGUACCUUGUCCUCAAAGUACCAGAUCCGUCCUUGCCAUUUGUCGUCACCACCAACGCAAGUCAGUAUGGGAUAGGGGCCGUGUUACAGCAAGACGACGACAAUGGCUAUAGACCCGUAGAGUUCAUGUCAGGGAGGAUGCCCUCUGAGAAGGUCGCUACCUCCACGUACGAAAGAGAACUCUACGCUCUCAGGCAGGCUCUAGAGCACUGGAAGCAUUAUCUGCUUGGGAGGCACUUCAAAGUGUAUUCUGACCACGAGACCCUUAGGUGGUUAAAGACUCGGGCCAAGAUUACACCUAAGUUGACUAGGUGGGCCGCAGAGAUAGACCAAUAUGACUUUGAGCUUAAGCCAGUGAAGGGCAAGUACAUCGUAGUUGCGGAUGCUCUAAGUAGAAGAUUAGACUACUUUGGAGCUAUAAUACACUAUUUGGAUAUAGGGAGAGACCUGAAGGAGAAAGUGAAGCAAGCGUAUGCGCAGGACCCUAUCUAUAGCGACCUCCUAAAGAGAGUUAGAGAGGCCCCAGAGACUGAGCCAGAUUACCGCACCACAGACGGGUUGCUGUUUGAGAAGACUAACGUAUUUGACCGCUUGUGCGUUCCCAACAGCGAAGAGAUCUGUAGUUUGAUCCUAGGGGAAUGUCACGAUACCGAGGGGCAUUUCGGUUGGCAAAAGACACUAGCUAAUCUGAUGCUCGCGUACACUUGGCCAGGGAUGAAGAAUGACUGCAUAGAGUAUGUUAGCAGUUGCAAAGUGUGCCAGAGGAAUAAGACUACUACGCGCGCCCCUCUAGGUCUUCUCAGACCUUUGCCUAUUCCUGAUCAGCCGGGAGACUCAGUGUCCAUGGACUUCAUGGACACCCAAGUCAAAAGUAGACAUGGCAAAAGCCAAGUCAUGGUCAUAGUUGACCGUUUUAGCAAGUAUGCUGUUUUUGUUCCCUUGCCUGCAGAGGCACGCACAUAAUUAGUUAUUCAGAAGUUUUUCGAUCAUUGGGUUAGUGAGAACAGA